AGAGUUUUGUUCAGUGUAAGUUAAAGACGUCUCCCUCUAAAUCACUCUGACACUGAGACCGAUGGUUUAACAGCAAGCAGAAAGAGCAACGUUUGGACACAAACACAUGCUGGAACAAACUUAAACUGCACUUUAACCACAACUGGCACACAAUGAGGCUGUCACCGCAUGACAGAAACAGGAGACUUUCUGAAUGAACAAGAGUGAAUAUCAGAGGAAAGGACAGUAGAGAUGAUUUUCAGUUCAGGAAUGACAGCAUCCAACCUGCCGGCAAAGAGACUGAAAGGAUAAAGCAGACAGAACGAGAGGAAGAAAAGCACAACUCUAUCCUGAGUCGCAUCCCAGAAAGCCAUGACUGUCGUCGUCCUGAAGCGUUUUCUUCUGGCCCUGCUGACCUUAACUCUCUCCAGACCCGACUCUGUGUCACUCGGCUUCGCUGAGGAGUUCGAGAGCCGAGGAGAUGUCCUCGAAAGCGAAUUCAUGUACGCCGGUCGCUCCAAACGCUCCCCCGAGCCUCCGAGCACCUCCGACACAGACAAAUGCUCAUACACCUUUAUUGUUCCUCAAAGAAAGUCCACGGGUGCCAUCUGCGUCAACUCCAAGGAGCCCGAGGCCCUGCUGGAGAACAGGGUAAACAAACAGGAGCUAGAACUACUAAACGGAGAGCUCCACAAACAGCGGCGGCAGAUCGAAACACUGCAGCAGCUGGUAGAGGUGGACGGCGGGGUAGUCAACGAAGUUAAACUGCUUCGUAAAGAGUCGCGCAACAUGAACGCAAGAGUCACGCAGCUCUACAUGCAGCUCCUGCACGAAAUCAUACGCAAGAGAGACAAUGCGCUGGAGGUUUCUCAGCUGGAGAACCGGGUUUUAAAUCAUACCUCAGAGAUGCAGCAGUUAACAUCGCGCUAUCGAGAUCUCGAACACAAAUACCAACACUUAGCAUCGCUCGCGAGCAAUCAGAGCGCGGUUAUCGUGCAGCUGGAGGAGCAAUGCAGGAGAGGAGGAUUUGUUGGAGGACGCCAAACUAGACCUUACCAGCCGCCAGUUGUUCCUCCACAGCCAGCGCAGACUCCCCAGCAUCGUCAACCUCCACCUCCUCCGGUCCAUCAUUCGCCCGCCAGGCCUUUCCAUCCACCCACUUACCCCCGACAAAACAACCAGAUGACCAACGAAAUCCAGAGUGACCAGAACUCUAAAGCAAUGCCGUCGGCUUUACCCACCGAACAGUCUGAAACGCACAGCUUCUCUACUGAUAAACUCUCAGGGCCGUUUAAAGACUGUCUGCAGGCUCUAGAGGAAGGACACAGCAACAGCGGCAUGUUCCUGCUGAAGCCAGAAAACACCAACAAACUGAUGCAGGUCUGGUGUGAUCAGAGACACGACCCCGGCGGCUGGACCGUCAUUCAGAGACGCAUGGACGGAUCCGUCAACUUCUUCAGAAACUGGGAGACAUAUAAGCAAGGGUUUGGGAACAUUGAUGGUGAGUACUGGCUGGGUCUGGAGAACAUCUACUGGCUGACCAAUCAGGGCAACUAUAAACUGCUGGUGACGCUGGAGGACUGGAGCGGCCGCAAGACCUUCGCUGAGUACGCCAGCUUCCGCCUGGAGCCAGAGGCAGAUUUCUACAAGAUGAGGGUGGGUCGUUAUCAUGGCAACGCUGGCGAUUCAAUGACCUGGCACAAUGGGAAACAGUUCACCACCUUGGACCGAGAUCAUGACGCUUACACAGGAAACUGUGCGCACUAUCAGAAAGGUGGCUGGUGGUACAAUGCCUGUGCUCACUCUAAUCUGAACGGCGUGUGGUACCGCGGUGGACAUUACCGCAGCCGCUAUCAGGACGGUGUUUACUGGGCAGAGUUUCGCGGAGGAUCCUAUUCCCUGAAGAAGGUCACCAUGAUGAUCCGACCAAAUCCCAACACUUUCCAUUAGUACACCAAUGCAUUAGAAGGAAAAAUGCACAAUAUACACAAUAAAAAUGUCUAUUAAUUAACAGUUUGCGUAUUGUGUGAUUCACAAGUGUUUAUUUCAUGUUGUGAAUUGCAUUAUGGGAUGUUAAUCUCUGCUCUGUUGACGUUUGAUGUUGAAAAUUCAACUCAGUUAAACAAAGUGA